CUUUUGUAAUUUCCCGCCCCCGCCCGCUGGCGGUCCUGGAGUCGCUAGGGGCCGUGGCCCGGGGGAUGCAACGUGGACCGCGCGGGGCUGCCGGCCACACCGCCGCCGCGCCUCGCCGCCCGCUGCGCUAGAGCCCGGGUCCCGCCCGCAGCCAGGGGGCCGGCGCUCGGUCCGGGGCUCCCGCUACUGCAGGGAGCCCAAGCCCCAGGGAGUCUCGGGAGCCGACGGAGGGCUUGUUAGACCCUGACUUUUUCAGGCCGCGCAGAUUUUGUCUCCCAUCACUCUAUUCUCUGCGGACCCUGGUCCGCGCGCUCUCGGCGCCCGCGAUGGGGAGACGGCGGCGGCUGUGUCUGCAGCCCUACUUCGUGUGGCUGGGCUGCGUGGCGCUCUGGGCGCAGGGCACGGCUAGCCAGCCCCAACCUCCACCGCCCAAGCCGCCCCGGCCCCAGCCGCCGCCACAGCAGGUCCGACCCGCGGUGGCGGGCUCUGAAGGCGUGUUCGCUGUGCCUGAGUACCGCGAGGAGGGCGCCGCGGCUGCCAGCCGGGUCCGCAGGCGAGGACAGCAGGACGUGCUCCGAGGGCCCAACGUUUGCGGAUCCAGGUUCCACUCCUAUUGCUGCCCGGGAUGGAAGACGCUUCCUGGAGGAAACCAGUGCAUUGUCCCAAUUUGUAGAAAUAGUUGUGGAGAUGGAUUUUGUUCCCGUCCUAACAUGUGUACUUGUUCCAGUGGCCAAAUAUCACCAACCUGUGGAUCAAAAUCAAUUCAGCAGUGCAAUGUCAGGUGCAUGAAUGGAGGAACUUGUGCGGAUGACCAUUGCCAGUGCCAGAAGGGAUAUAUCGGAACUUACUGUGGACAACCUGUCUGCGAAAAUGGGUGUCAGAAUGGUGGACGUUGUAUUGGACCUAACCGCUGUGCUUGUGUUUAUGGAUUCACUGGCCCACAGUGCGAAAGAGAUUACAGGACAGGCCCUUGUUUCACUCAGGUCAACAACCAGAUGUGCCAAGGGCAGCUGACAGGGAUUGUCUGCACUAAGACUCUGUGCUGUGCCACCAUUGGACGGGCCUGGGGCCACCCCUGUGAGAUGUGUCCUGCCCAGCCUCAGCCCUGUCGACGGGGCUUUAUCCCCAACAUCCGCACUGGAGCUUGCCAAGACGUUGAUGAAUGCCAGGCGAUUCCUGGGAUAUGCCAGGGAGGAAACUGUAUCAAUACAGUGGGCUCUUUUGAAUGCAAAUGCCCUGCUGGUCACAAGCAGAGUGAAACCACUCAGAAGUGUGAAGACAUCGAUGAGUGCAGCAUCAUUCCUGGGAUAUGUGAGACUGGCGAGUGUUCCAACACCGUGGGAAGCUAUUUUUGCAUUUGUCCACGUGGCUACGUCACCUCAACAGAUGGCUCUCGGUGCAUCGAUCAGAGAACAGGCACGUGUUUCUCGGGCCUGGUGAAUGGCCGCUGUGCGCAAGAGCUCCCGGGCAGAAUGACAAAAAUGCAGUGCUGCUGUGAGCCCGGCCGCUGCUGGGGCAUCGGAACCAUUCCUGAGGCCUGUCCUGUCAGAGGCUCUGAGGAAUAUCGCAGACUUUGCAUGGAUGGACUUCCAAUAGGAGGGAUUCCAGGGAAUGCUGGUUCCAGACCUGGAGGCACUGGGGGGAAUGGCUUUGCCCCAAGUGGCAAUGGCUAUGGCCCAGGAGGGACAGGCUUCAUCCCCAUCCCUGGAGGCAAUGGCUUUUCUCCUGGAGUUGGGGGAGCUGGUGUAGGGGCCGGGGGACAGGGGCCCAUCAUCACUGGACUAACUAUUCUGAACCAGACGAUAGAUAUCUGUAAGCACCACGCUAAUCUCUGUUUAAAUGGGCGUUGCAUACCUACUGUGUCUAGCUAUCGAUGUGAAUGCAACAUGGGGUAUAAGCAGGAUUCAAACGGGGAUUGCAUAGAUGUUGACGAAUGCACAUCAAAUCCCUGCACUAAUGGAGAUUGUGUUAACACACCUGGAUCCUAUUAUUGUAAAUGUCAUGCUGGAUUCCAGAGGACUCCUACUAAGCAAGCAUGCAUUGAUAUUGAUGAGUGCAUCCAGAAUGGGGUUCUUUGUAAAAAUGGUCGGUGUGUGAACACAGAUGGAAGUUUCCAGUGCAUUUGCAACGCCGGCUUUGAAUUAACUACAGAUGGAAAAAACUGUGUUGAUCAUGAUGAAUGUACAACUACCAACAUGUGUUUGAAUGGGAUGUGCAUUAAUGAAGAUGGUAGCUUCAAGUGCAUCUGCAAGCCAGGAUUUGUCUUGGCUCCAAAUGGGCGUUACUGUACUGAUGUUGAUGAAUGCCAGACCCCAGGAAUCUGCAUGAAUGGACACUGCAUCAACAAUGAAGGGUCCUUCCGCUGUGACUGUCCCCCAGGCCUGGCUGUGGGUGUGGAUGGACGUGUGUGUGUUGAUACUCACAUGCGCAGUACGUGCUAUGGUGGGAUCAAGAAGGGAGUGUGUGUCCGUCCUUUUCCUGGCGCGGUGACCAAGUCCGAAUGCUGCUGUGCCAAUCCUGACUACGGUUUUGGGGAGCCCUGCCAGCCCUGCCCUGCUAAAAAUUCAGCUGAAUUCCAUGGUCUUUGUAGUAGUGGAGUAGGGAUCACUGUGGAUGGAAGAGAUAUCAAUGAAUGUGCUUUGGAUCCCGAUAUAUGUGCCAAUGGAAUUUGUGAAAAUUUACGUGGUAGUUACCGUUGUAAUUGCAACAGUGGCUAUGAACCAGAUGUCUCUGGAAGAAACUGUAUUGACAUUGAUGAGUGCUUGGUCAAUAGACUGCUCUGUGACAAUGGCCUAUGCAGAAACACGCCUGGGAGUUACAGCUGCACAUGCCCCCCUGGGUACGUGUUCAGGACUGAGACAGAGACAUGUGAAGAUAUAAAUGAAUGUGAAAGCAACCCAUGUGUCAAUGGGGCCUGCAGGAACAACCUUGGAUCUUUCAAUUGUGAAUGUUCUCCUGGCAGCAAACUCAGCUCAACAGGAUUGAUCUGUAUUGACAGCCUGAAAGGAACGUGUUGGCUCAACAUCCAGGACAACCGCUGUGAGGUGAACAUUAAUGGAGCCACUCUGAAGUCGGAAUGCUGCGCCACACUCGGAGCUGCCUGGGGAAGCCCCUGCGAACGGUGUGAACUAGAUACAGCUUGCCCAAGAGGGUUUGCCAGGAUUAAAGGUGUUUCUUGUGAAGACGUUAAUGAGUGUGAGGUAUUUCCUGGCGUUUGUCCAAAUGGACGCUGUGUCAAUAGCAAAGGAUCUUUUCAUUGUGAGUGUCCCGAAGGCCUCACAUUGGAUGGAACUGGCCGUGUGUGUUUGGACAUCCGCAUGGAGCAGUGUUACUUGAAGUGGGAUGAAGAUGAAUGUGUCCAUCCUGUUCCUGGAAAGUUUCGCAUGGAUGCCUGCUGCUGUGCAGUUGGGGCAGCUUGGGGCACGGAGUGUGAGGAAUGCCCCAAACCUGGCACCAAGGAGUACGAGACCCUGUGCCCCCGGGGGCCGGGCUUUGCUAACAGAGGGGACGUUCUUACCGGGCGGCCAUUUUACAAAGAUAUCAAUGAAUGCAAAGCUUUUCCUGGGAUGUGUACUUACGGCAAGUGCAGAAAUACAAUUGGCAGCUUCAAGUGCCGUUGCAACAGUGGCUUUGCUCUGGACACAGAGGAAAGAAACUGCACAGACAUUGAUGAGUGCAGGAUUUCUCCUGACCUCUGUGGAAGUGGCAUCUGUGUCAACACGCCAGGCAGCUUUGAGUGUGAGUGCUUCGAAGGCUACGAAAGUGGGUUCAUGAUGAUGAAGAACUGCAUGGACAUUGACGAAUGUGAACGUAACCCUCUCCUUUGUAGGGGUGGCACCUGUGUGAACACUGAGGGCAGCUUUCAGUGUGACUGUCCAUUGGGACACGAGCUGUCACCGUCACGUGAGGACUGUGUGGAUAUAAAUGAAUGCUCCCUGAGUGACAAUCUCUGUAGAAAUGGAAAAUGUGUGAACAUGAUUGGAACCUAUCAGUGCUCCUGUAAUCCCGGGUACCAGGCCACGCCAGACCGGCAAGGCUGUACGGAUAUCGACGAGUGUAUGAUCAUGAAUGGAGGCUGCGACACGCGGUGCACGAACUCAGAAGGUAGCUAUGAAUGCAGCUGCAGCGAGGGCUAUGCCCUGAUGCCCGACGGGAGGUCGUGCGCAGAUAUUGACGAAUGUGAAAAUAAUCCUGACAUCUGUGAUGGCGGCCAGUGUACCAACAUUCCUGGGGAAUAUCGCUGUCUGUGUUAUGAUGGCUUCAUGGCUUCAAUGGACAUGAAAACGUGCAUUGAUGUGAAUGAGUGUGACUUAAAUUCAAACAUCUGCAUGUUUGGGGAAUGUGAGAACACCAAGGGAUCCUUCAUCUGCCACUGUCAGCUGGGUUAUUCCGUGAAGAAGGGGACCACAGGAUGCACAGAUGUUGACGAGUGUGAAAUUGGUGCCCACAACUGUGACAUGCAUGCCUCCUGUCUCAACGUCCCGGGAAGCUUCAAGUGCAGCUGCAGAGAAGGCUGGGUUGGAAAUGGCAUCAAAUGCAUUGAUCUGGACGAAUGUUCUAACGGAACCCACCAGUGUAGCAUCAAUGCUCAGUGUGUAAAUACCCCGGGCUCCUACCGAUGUGCCUGCUCUGAAGGGUUCACUGGAGAUGGCUUUACCUGCUCAGAUGUCGAUGAGUGCGCAGAAAACAUCAACCUCUGUGAAAACGGGCAGUGCCUCAACGUCCCGGGUGCCUAUCGCUGCGAGUGUGAGAUGGGCUUCACGCCAGCCUCCGACAGCAGGUCCUGCCAAGAUAUUGAUGAAUGCUCCUUCCAAAAUAUUUGUGUGUUUGGAACAUGUAAUAAUUUGCCUGGAAUGUUUCAUUGUAUCUGUGAUGAUGGUUAUGAAUUGGACAGAACCGGAGGGAACUGCACAGAUAUUGAUGAGUGUGCAGAUCCCAUAAACUGUGUGAAUGGCCUAUGUGUCAACACUCCUGGUCGCUAUGAGUGUAACUGCCCCCCGGAUUUCCAGCUGAACCCCACUGGUGUGGGUUGUGUUGACAACCGAGUGGGCAACUGCUACCUGAAGUUCGGGCCUCGAGGAGACGGGAGUCUGUCCUGCAACACUGAGAUCGGGGUUGGCGUGAGCCGCUCCUCCUGCUGCUGCUCCUUGGGGAAGGCCUGGGGGAACCCCUGCGAGACGUGUCCCCCUGUCAAUAGCACUGAGUAUUACACUCUGUGUCCUGGAGGUGAGGGCUUCAGACCCAACCCCAUCACAAUCAUCUUAGAAGAUAUCGAUGAAUGCCAGGAGUUACCAGGUCUCUGCCAGGGUGGAAACUGCAUCAACACUUUUGGAAGCUUCCAGUGCGAGUGCCCGCAAGGCUACUACCUCAGCGAGGAGACCCGCAUCUGUGAAGAUAUCGACGAGUGUUUCGCACACCCCGGCGUGUGCGGGCCUGGGACAUGCUACAACACACUGGGGAAUUACACCUGCAUCUGUCCGCCUGAGUACAUGCAGGUCAAUGGAGGCCACAACUGCAUGGACAUGCGAAAAAGCUUUUGCUACCGAAGCUAUAACGGAACCACUUGUGAGAACGAACUGCCUUUUAAUGUGACAAAGAGGAUGUGCUGCUGCACGUACAAUGUGGGCAAAGCCUGGAACAAACCGUGCGAGCCGUGCCCGACCCCAGGAACAGCUGACUUUAAAACCAUAUGUGGAAAUAUCCCUGGAUUCACCUUUGACAUUCACACCGGAAAAGCUGUUGACAUUGAUGAGUGUAAAGAGAUCCCGGGCAUUUGUGCAAAUGGCGUGUGCAUCAACCAGAUUGGCAGUUUCCGUUGUGAAUGCCCUACAGGGUUCAGUUACAAUGACCUGCUCUUGGUCUGCGAAGACAUUGACGAGUGCAGCAACGGUGACAAUCUGUGUCAGCGGCAUGCAGACUGCCUCAACAGCCCUGGCAGUUACCGCUGUGAGUGUGCAGCUGGCUUCAAGCUCUCCCCCAAUGGAGCCUGCGUAGAUCGCAACGAAUGUUUAGAAAUUCCUAAUGUUUGCAGUCAUGGCCUGUGUGUUGACUUGCAAGGAAGUUACCAGUGCAUCUGCCACAACGGCUUUAAGGCGUCCCAGGACCAGACCAUGUGCAUGGAUGUUGAUGAGUGUGAGCGACAUCCAUGUGGGAAUGGAACUUGUAAAAACACGGUGGGAUCCUACAACUGUCUCUGCUACCCAGGGUUUGAACUCACUCAUAAUAACGAUUGCCUGGAUAUAGAUGAGUGCAGCUCCUUUUUUGGUCAGGUGUGCAGAAAUGGACGGUGUUUCAAUGAAAUUGGCUCCUUCAAGUGUUUAUGUAAUGAAGGUUAUGAACUGACUCCAGAUGGCAAGAACUGUAUAGAUACUAAUGAGUGUGUCGCUCUCCCUGGCUCUUGUUCUCCUGGUACGUGUCAGAAUUUGGAGGGGUCCUUCAGAUGCAUCUGUCCCCCAGGGUACGAAGUGAAAAGCGAGAACUGCAUCGAUAUAAAUGAAUGUGACGAAGAUCCCAACAUCUGUCUCUUUGGUUCCUGCACCAAUACUCCUGGGGGGUUCCAGUGCAUCUGCCCGCCUGGCUUUGUACUGUCUGAUAAUGGACGCAGAUGCUUUGAUACCCGCCAGAGUUUCUGCUUCACAAACUUUGAAAAUGGAAAGUGCUCUGUACCCAAAGCUUUCAACACCACCAAGGCCAAAUGCUGCUGUAGUAAAAUGCCGGGAGAGGGCUGGGGGGACCCCUGUGAGCUGUGCCCCAAAGAUGACGAAGUUGCCUUCCAGGACUUGUGUCCUUACGGCCACGGAACAGUUCCAAGUCUUCAUGAUACUCGUGAAGAUGUCAACGAAUGCCUUGAGAGCCCAGGCAUUUGUUCAAAUGGUCAGUGUAUCAAUACAGAUGGGUCUUUUCGCUGUGAAUGCCCAAUGGGUUACAACCUGGAUUAUACUGGAGUACGCUGUGUGGAUACUGAUGAAUGUUCGAUUGGCAAUCCAUGUGGGAAUGGUACAUGCACCAAUGUUAUUGGGAGUUUUGAAUGCAACUGCAAUGAAGGCUUUGAGCCAGGGCCCAUGAUGAACUGUGAAGAUAUCAAUGAGUGUGCCCAGAACCCACUGCUGUGUGCUUUCCGCUGCAUGAACACCUUUGGGUCCUAUGAAUGCACGUGCCCGAUUGGCUACGCCCUCAGGGAAGACCAGAAGAUGUGCAAAGAUCUGGAUGAAUGUGCUGAAGGGCUCCACGACUGUGAGUCUAGAGGCAUGAUGUGCAAGAACCUGAUCGGCACCUUCAUGUGCAUCUGCCCACCUGGCAUGACCCGACGGCCGGACGGAGAGGGCUGUGUGGAUGAAAAUGAAUGCAGGACCAAGCCGGGAAUUUGUGAAAAUGGGCGCUGUGUUAACACUAUCGGGAGCUACAGAUGUGAGUGUAAUGAAGGAUUUCAGUCAAGUUCCUCAGGCACGGAAUGCCUUGACAACCGACAGGGACUCUGCUUCGCAGAGGUGCUGCAGACCAUGUGCCAGAUGGCAUCCAGCAGCCGCAACCUCGUCACAAAGUCCGAGUGCUGCUGUGAUGGGGGGCGAGGCUGGGGUCACCAGUGUGAGCUUUGCCCGCUUCCUGGAACAGCCCAGUACAAAAAGAUCUGUCCUCACGGCCCAGGAUACACCACCGACGGAAGAGAUAUUGAUGAAUGUAAGGUGAUGCCAAACCUCUGUGCCAAUGGUCAGUGCAUCAAUACCAUGGGAUCAUUCCGAUGCUUCUGCAAGGUCGGCUACACAACAGACCUCAGCGGCACCUCGUGUGUAGAUCUCGAUGAAUGUUCCCAGUCCCCAAAACCAUGCAACUUCAUCUGCAAAAACACUGAAGGGAGUUACCAGUGCUCCUGUCCUCGGGGCUACGUCCUGCAAGAGGACGGAAAGACCUGCAAAGACCUUGAUGAAUGUCAGACCAAACAGCACAACUGCCAGUUCCUCUGUGUCAACACACUGGGAGGUUUUACCUGCAAAUGCCCGCCUGGUUUCACACAGCACCAUACGGCCUGUAUUGACAACAAUGAAUGUGGGUCUCAGCCUUCACUUUGUGGAGCAAAGGGAAUCUGUCAAAACACGCCUGGAAGUUUCAGCUGUGAAUGCCAAAGAGGGUUCUCUCUCGAUGCCACUGGACUAAACUGUGAAGAUGUGGAUGAAUGUGAUGGAAACCAUAGGUGCCAACAUGGCUGCCAGAACAUCCUGGGAGGCUACAGGUGUGGCUGUCCUCAAGGGUAUAUUCAGCAUUACCAGUGGAAUCAGUGUGUUGACGAGAACGAAUGCUCCAAUCCCAGUGCCUGCGGCUCUGCUUCCUGCUACAACACCCUGGGGGGCUACAAGUGUGUCUGCCCCUCAGGAUUCUCCUUCGACCAGUUCUCCAGUGCCUGCCACGACGUCAACGAAUGCUCAUCCUCCAAGAACCCAUGCAAUUACGGCUGCUCUAACACGGAAGGGGGCUACCUCUGCGGCUGCCCGCCCGGGUACUACAGAGUGGGACAGGGCCACUGUGUCUCAGGAAUGGGAUUUAACAAAGGGCAGUACCUGUCACUGGAUGCAGAGGUCGACGAGGAAAAUGCUCUGUCCCCAGAAGCAUGCUAUGAGUGUAAAAUCAAUGGCUACUCUAAGAAAGAUGGCAGACAGAAGAGAAGUGUUGGGGAACCCGAACCCACUGCCGUUGAACACAUCAGCCUGGACAGUGUCGACAUGGACAGCCCCAUGAGAAUGAAGUUCAACCUCUCUGGCCUUGGCUCGAAGGAGCACAUCCUAGAACUCAUGCCAGCUAUCGAGCCCCUCAACAACCACAUCCGCUAUAUUAUCUCCCAAGGGAACGACGAGGGGAUCUUCCGCAUCCACCAGAGAAAUGGGCUCAGCUACUUGCACACGGCCAAGAGGAAGCUUGUGCCCGGCACGUACACACUGGAAAUCACUAGCAUCCCUCUCUACAAGAAGAAGGAGCUUAAGAAACUGGAAGACCGCAAUGAGGAUGACUACCUCCUAGGGGAGCUUGGGGAGGCUCUCAGAAUGAGGCUGCAGAUCCAGCUCUAUUAACCCCUUACAGACUUGGUUCCAGGCUCCAGUCCCUGCACAGCCAGCCUGCAGCAGCCUCGGAAAAAUCAGCGACUAACUGCGAAGAGGGGAAAAAAGACUUUUGUUUCUUUCCUCCCUGUCUCAGACUGCAGAAUGUUGACCCUCACAGGGAGGGGUAAUUGAGACUCUGGUAUGGCCAAAGAUUUGAGUACAAAGGCAACCGUGGUUACUGUAUUUUUUAUAUAACUUCACUUUAAAAUAUAUUAAAAGAAAACUAAAACUAAAUGUUCAAGAGAUCAGCAUAUGGCACUAAAUGCACAAAAAUAAUGUGAGCUUUUUUUUUUUUUUCCUGUUAGCAGUCUGUAACACUUUGGGUAUUUUGCUAUAGUUGCUAAUUAAAAAAAAAUAUAGAUGUUUAUUUAUUUUUAAUGCAGUAAUAUAUGGAGAAAUGAACAAACUAUGUAAACAAAAAGGGAAACUCACUUGUUUUUCUUUAGAUUUAUAAAUUUGAGCUAUUUCUUUUAGAGGUGCUUUUUAAAAAAUCCAGUAGAUUCAAGAGAGGUUUCCUUUUGGUUUUCUGCCAGGGGUCCAACUGGUACCCAUCUGACGAUUUUUAAAGAAAGCCUCCCAGAGCUGUAAGGGCAGCAUAAUCAAUAACUUAAAAGACGGCCAUGUCAUGAGAUCCUUCAGAAAGGAGAUCAAAGCCAGAGCAGCUCGCGGUGACGAUUGUUCCCAUCACCAGACACACACCAGGCAACCGAAGAUGAAGCACAACCACUGUAGCAAAAUACCUUGACUGCUUGUGAGACCAGUAGCGUUGCAGGCCAAACCGUACUGUAUUUCCUUCAUAUAACCUCAAGGAAGCACAUGUGCUCCCCACAACACCUCAUUCCUACCCAGGGUGGGCCGCGAUCCCGCGGCACCGGAGGCCGCCGAGGUGCGGCCGGUCCUCUGCCAAGGAACGCCUGGCGUUCUGUAGUGUUUGGUGCUGUCUUAGAUUAAUGGUGCAUUUAUUAUGUUCAAGCUGUUUCAGGAUUGCCAUAUGUGCAAACAAAUCAUGCAGUACAGCCAAGGAAUAUAUGUUGUUGUUUUUUUUAAAUCCAUUUUUUUUAGAAUUUUCAUUAAUACUGUAGUUAUACACCAUAUGCCUCGUUUUAUCAUAGCCUAUUGUGUAUGAGAGAUGUUUGUACAAUGAAUUGAUGUUUAGUUUGCUUUAGUCAUUUGAAAAGAUUCUGUACCAGGACGUGCUGAUAGAAGAACGUCCCCGUGUACUUCUCAACCCAAGAACCUGUCCCUGGACCAGUGACCAAACCUCAUAUGUGAAAUGGCCAAAGCGCGUGCAGGCUCCGGGUUGCUCCUCUCACACCUGUGCUGACCAAAGAUUCAUAACCAAUUUAUAUCCAGUUGGGGGUUUUGUUUUGUUUUUUUAAUACCUAAAAAAAGAAACAGUGUAAAUUUGUAAUCAAGUGUUUGUGAGGAAAAACUUAUGGUUUUUGGUUUUGUUUGUUUUUGUAGUUCUGUAUAUCAAAUAUGACACUUUUCUUGCAAUAAAGCUUAUUUUGGGGUA